UCGAGCUUGAAAGGCGGCGAUUGAGCUCCGGCCAAGCGGCGGAGGCCAGCGGGAGGCUCCAGAGAUGCGACCGGGGGACGGCAGCACCGGACGGAGGGCGCCUCACCUCUUUUUCUCUUCCUCCCUUUAAGAAGAAGGAGGGGGAAAAGGAUAUAAAUCUGCUUUUCUGGGCCGACCUGGGAGACUUCCGCAGCGGCUGGAAGAGCAGCAGCGAGGCCGGGGAGCGCCGGUUGCCCCCGGCCACUUUUCCCCAGAUCUUCCCGGCCUUCGGCCCGGCAGGCGAUGCUGGCGAGACAGCCGAGCGAGUGGCGGGCGGGCUUGGCGGAGCCGAUCGGUCGACUUCGGCGUUGUUUUCCUCCCCGCCGCCGCCGCCGCCUCCUACUCCUCUUCCCCGGCGCCUUCAGGCAGGCGAAGCUGCCAGGUCUCCGCUUCUCCUUCCUCUGAGCAGAGCUCGGAAGCGGCCGGAGGGAAAGAAAGGAGGAAAGAAGGAAAGGAAGAAGAAAGGAGGAAAGGAAAGGAAAGAAGAAAGGAAGAAAGGAAAGAAAGAAAAGGAAAGGAAGGAGAAGGAGGGAGAAAGGAAGGAAGGGAUUUGGGAUUGGGAGCGAUUGGGCGCCACGCGCUGUCCCAGGGCGCUCCUCUGGCCCCGCCGGACUGCUCGCCUUCCGCAAAGCCGACGGUGUGAAGAGGGGAAGAAGCGCAAGAAGGAUCCACUGGAUUACAGGAUCGACUCCCUCCCUCCGCUUGGAUAUUUCCAGAACCCCCCCUUGGCUAUGGGAUCCCACUUGAUCUAUCACGGUCUGAGAUUCCUCCUGUGCUGCUCCGCUUUAACGUCCGUCUUCGCGCUGGUGGAUCCUGAUGACGUCGUAACGAAGGAGGAGCAGAUCAUGCUGCUGUUGAAAGCCAAGGCCAAGUGUGAAAGACACGUGCAAGCGAAGGGACCCCACGUGCCAGAGGGGUUUUGUGCCCCGGAGUGGGACACCCUCAUCUGUUGGCCAGAAGGGGCCCCAGGAAAGGUGGUCUCCAUACCCUGCCCAGAUUACAUCUACGACUUCAACCACGAGGGUUAUGCCCAUCGGCAGUGUGACUUGAAUGGCAGCUGGGCGUUGGUGCCCAACCAGAAUCUCACCUGGGCAAAUUACACCGAGUGUACCAAGUUUCUCAUCCUUGAAACCAAGGAAAAGGAAGUCUUUCAUCGACUUUAUCUGAUUUAUACCGUCGGUUAUUCCAUCUCGCUGGGAUCGCUGACGAUCGCGGUUAUGAUCUUAGCAUAUUUCCGACGUCUGCAUUGUACCCGUAACUAUAUCCACAUGCAUUUGUUCGUCUCCUUCAUUCUUCGGGCAAUCAGUAUCUUUGUCAAGGAUGCUGUUCUCUACUCCGGCUCUGCGCUGGAAGAGAUGGAGUUAAUUCCAGAAGACGAGUUCAAAUCCAUGACCGAAGCUACACCAAUAGAUAACUCAACCCUGUAUUCUCCCCAGGUGGGCUGCAAGUUAGUGGUGACUCUCUUCCUCUACUUCCUGGCCACCAGUUACUACUGGAUCUUGGUGGAAGGCCUCUACCUUCACAGUCUCAUCUUCAUGGCCUUCUUCUCAGAGAAGAAAUACCUCUGUGGAUUCACGUUGUUCGGUUGGGGCCUUCCGGCUGUGUUUGUCACAAUCUGGGCCACCCUUCGAGCGACGUUAGCAGACACCGAAUGCUGGGAUUUAAGUGCCGGGUAUUUCAAGUGGUUUAUCCAGGUGCCCAUCCUGACGGCUGUGUUGGCAAACUUUAUCCUGUUUAUUAAAAUUAUCAGAGUUCUUGCAACCAAACUCCGAGAAACUAACGCCGGGAGAUGUGAUACUAGACAACAGUAUCGGAAACUGUUGAAAUCCACCCUGGUCCUCAUGCCAUUAUUCGGAGUCCAUUAUAUCGUUUUUAUGGCCAUGCCAUACACAGAUGUUUCCGGAAUCCUCUGGCAAAUUCAGAUGCACUAUGAGAUGCUGUUUAACUCCUUCCAGGGAUUUUUUGUUGCAAUUAUCUACUGCUUUUGUAAUGGGGAGGUCCAAGCCGAGAUCAAGAAGUCGUGGAGCCGAUGGACAUUAGCGCUGGACUUCCGAAGAAAGGCACGGAGCGGAAGCACCACCUACAGCUAUGGACCCAUGGUAUCCCACACUAGUGUCACAAACGUCACCGCCAAAGGGGGCAUACCGCUCCCUCUCAACGGCAAACCGGCCCCGGGGACCCUCAACGGACACCGGAAUUUGCCAAAUUACAUCCGGAACGGGUCCAUUUCGGAGAACUCGUUGGCAUCUUCAGGGCCCGAGCACUACAGCAAAGAGGAGGAAUACCUCAACAGCUCCGGACUUUACAACGGCUACCGGCCAGCCACCUUGUUGGAAAAAGAAGAAGAAACUGUGAUGUAACAAAACGAGAUGAUGGUUAGAAAGCCCCACUUAGGGGGUCUCCGAAGGCACUGAGGGUGGCAAGCAACUUCCAGUCAAUUGAUCCCCAUCACGGUUUUGGGGAGGGGGCGGUUGACUCUCCACCUGAAUUCUUUGCAGCGAGAAACGCCAUCUUGCCGGAGUGAAGGACAGCAACAAUUUUUGGCGACCCGGCAGAGACUCCGCAUUCUCCUGCCCUUGAAAGCCAGAGUGAACCCCAUUAUUUUUGGGGAGCGCAGGGGAAAAAGAGCCAGUGGUCCUAGGGCAUUCAGAGUUUUUCUCCCUUAGGAGAAUAUAAAGGAUCUGGCGUCAACCGAUCCCAGACAGGAUCGGUUCAGAACAAACCUUUCUCGUGGGGUUUGUUCGCUUCUAAGAUUUGGUUUAGCAGAAACAAAACACCCUGUGCAACCUGAAUCCAUGUUAUGUUUUUGUAUCCACACAAGACUUUUCCCCCUCCAGGGCUGUUCCAAAAUUCGUGUUUUAAGUGACCAAGGGAAAACAAACCUAAGAAAGGGUCUUGCAAUCGAAAGAAAAUCGGAAUUAUUUUCCGGCUCGUCCUGUGACCUUUCUGCUUCUGUCUCGCCGCACGAGAAAAUCGUAUCGUCCCGCAGUCUUAUUCCUGGUCACUCAUACCCUCCCCCCACCCUCCCCCAAACAAAGGCACCAAGAAAUUGUCCAGCACUCCUUUGUGGAAGGAGAAAAUUAUGAUUAGAUCAAUACUGUGUCUGCUCUGCAUAAAACAAUGAGUCACUCAAAAAGCCAAACAAGAAGAUAAUAUUGUCUCUUUCGUUCGGGGAGACAGAUCAUUGAUUAACCACAAGAGGGAAAACAAAGGCUGGAUAUAGAGCGAGGAAGGAGGGAGGAGAGAAAGGGCUGGAUGAAGGCAGCGUAGCUCUGGGUUCGGGUCCUUCAUGCCUGCAUCAGGAUGAUGAGCUCUGGAACACCACCUGGGACCAAGGGCAACCCGCUGAGGAUCAGGCGGGCAGAUUAGAAGGGCCGCGAAGCACUGUUUGCACUAUCUCCAAUGGAAAGUAGGAUUUGGAUAGAGAAACGGUAAUUGACCCAUGUCCAACGAGGGCUGUUUUCCUCGCCUCCCAAACGUGGUGUUUUUCUACCUCUCCCAUUCGGUGCCAUUUGCAGCCAAAACACCGGGUCCUUUCCGAGGGGGGUGAGGUGACCUUGGGCCCGUCCCAGAGGGACAGAGGCUCGGACGCUCAGAGGUGGUGGUAGUGGCAGGCAGAAAAUAUGUGGAUUUGCCACACGAGUAAGUAAUGCCAAAGAGGACUAUGUGAUAUCUUCUCCAGCCUGGGCCAGGUCACACAGCCCCCAGUCGCCCCACUCACUCCCCUAGAAACAGAAGACUGUUCUGUUCUGUUCUGUUCUGUUCUGUUCUGUCCAAAGAUCCAGCUACAAGGAAGCCAAAAAUAAGUGGACAAUUUUGCUUUUAAGGUUGUGCACGAAUGUUGUAUUAAGAUGACAAUUUUCAAGCUAAUCCUAAGUGGGCAACUUUGUCUUGCAAACAGAUCGAGUCUUAUUCCCACCAGGAGCUGCUGUUCAAUAAACAAACUGAGAAUCAGCUAAAAGGAAUUUUUCUUUUUUCUUUUUUUUUAUCUUUACCAAAAUCUCACAAUUGAGGAAGAAGACAUUUUUACUAGCAAUGCACAGGGAAUCCUCAACCUACGACCACAGUUGCGGCCAGAAUUUCCGUUGCAUAGCAAGGCGGCUGUUAAGUGAGGUGCACCCGAUUUUCCAGUUUGCCGCGGUUGUUAUGCGAGCCACUCACAGUUGUUAAGUGAAUCACGCAGUCGUUAAACGAAUGACACAGUCGUUAAGCAAACCUGGCUUCCCCCAUUGACUAUCCGAAGCCGGUUGGGAAAAUCGCAAGCGAAAAUCUUGGGAUUCUCACAACGCUGUAACUGUUGUAAGUACAGGUAGUCCUCAUCUUACAACCGUUCAUUUAGUGACCAUUCAAAGUUACAACAGCAUUGAAAAGAGCAACUUAUGACCGUUUUUCACAGUUACAACAUUUGGAGCAUCCCCAUGAUGGCAACUGACUCGUAUUUAUGACGAUGUUUCCCCGGGGGUCAUGUGGUCCCCUUUUGCGACCUUCCGACAAGCAAAGUCAACGGGGAAGCCAGAGAUUCACUUAACAACCGGGUUACUCGCUUAACAAGUGCAGUGAUUCACUUAACGACGGUGGCAAGGAAGUCAUAAAAAUCAGGCUAAAAUACUCCCUGAACAAGUGCCUCACUUUUGGGCUCCUUUGUGGUUGUAAGUCGAGGACUAGCUGUAUGUGCCGAUUGCUGAGCGUAUCUGAAUUUUGAUCAUGUGACCGUGGGGAAGCUGUCAGCGCUGUAAGUAUGAGGAGCAUUCGUGAGCCGCUUUUUUCAUUGGUGUUGUAACUUCGAACGGUCACUAAAUGAAUGGUUGUAAGUCGAGGACUCCCUGCAGAUGAAGAAAUUCAUCCCAAUUCCGAGACUCUUAACUGAGCUGGGACUGAGAAUGUAAUUUUGUUUUCUAUUCCCCAUUUUUAAUUAUUAUUAAGGCCGUGGCACAAGUGAUUUUUAUAGGAAUUUUUUCCUCUGCAAAUACUGAGUUAAUUGUGUUAGCACUGUCUGGCUGCACAUCUCCUAUUUUUAAAAUAAAUGCCCCUUGUUAAAAACUACAACUCCCAGAAUUCCUUGCAGGAAGAUCAUUCAUUGCUGCUUUGAUAAAGGACUCGCUCGCUUGGAUCGAACCUAAUCCCACCUUCCAGCAUCUCCAAGAAGAAGUCUAGAAAAAAGGAACCCAAAGAUCUGAUGGCACCAACCACAGAAAUCAUUUUAACUCUCUUCUCACCCCGGAAAAACUCUUGUCCAAAUCCACCGCUUGCAAUAAUAAGUGGAACCUUGGGAGGAAAUUUUUAAAAAAAAUUGCUCUGGAAAUUAAGAAAGUUGCGAGAAAAAUAAAAUUAAAAAAUAAAUAACAAGCUGGAUCCCGCCCUUAGAAUUUGCACAAUGGAUGUUAUAUUGUCUAAUAAUUUAUUCCACUGUGUUUCGUGUAAUUUAUGCUGCUUCGGUGAAUUUUGCGAAGAGGGUGGGAAGCUGUGGGUGCUUUCUCCCGCCUCCGAUCCAUCCCGAGCAAUGAAUCCCUUAAAUCGCUCAAAUUCUUACUCAGCCCCCUGCCUUUCCGAAAUCUGUACUCUAUAUGGUCACAGCCAUAAGGACUAGGAACUUGCCGGUUUAAAACCAAAUAAAAGCUGAACUCUCUAGCUAA